CCGUCCGAUCAUCGUGUUCUGAUGGCAAAGAAAAAGCAACGCCUGAGGCAGAAGACGAUGGCUGUUGUUACAAUGGCAGCAGAAUUUCUUGCUCCGGAAUCGGGCCGACACAAAGCAUGCAAGGGGUAACAGCAGCGAUACAAAGAAGCAACGCAAUGGGCAUAUCGAUCCACAAAACAAGAAGCCACGUUGGCAACAUUCUAGUAUGGAUAUCAGUGGCGAUUUUCUUAUUCACAGCCCCCACCGCUUUUGCCGCCACCCCAUCGGAUCCCUCCCAAGCCUGUGAUUCUGUGGCUUCGUCGUGUUCCUGCUCUGAUGCACUGGACCUGCAGCGGCGGGUUGCRCGAGCGGUUAGYAUCGAUGACGGAGGAUCGCUGACGGACGAAGGCCGCUCUCUGCGGGCUACGCUGGAGGACGUCCUUACAGAACAAGAAUGCAUGUUCCUGMUGGAUGCGCUGCCCUCCAACGUCUUUGUGGAUGCGGGUGGUUACGAGAGCACUUCCAACCAAUACACCGCUUCGCGGAACGGGUAUUCCGGAAUUGGGCUCCGCGAACUGGCAAUGGCGGUAGAUCCCGGGGACCAAAGCAAGCCCGUAGUCUUUCGUUCCAAGGCCGACUACGACAGGUUUUUGGAGUUCCGGGAACGGGUCCGUGCCGCUACCGAGCGAUCCCUGAACCUGUGCCCAGGGACCCUCAAGAUUGACUACACACAUAUCUCGCAAAAAACACCCGGUGGGACCCACCGGCCCCACGCAGACAACUGCUUUCAUUACUAUCGUAGUAUUUCCGGUGGAAGGGUGGCCGCAGCCGUGGACCCAUCGCGGAAACACCCCUACGCCAAUCGAGUCGCAGCUAGUAUCCUGUAUCUGAACGACGACGGAUUYGAUGGGGGAGAGUUUUACUGGGCGGACCGAACUUCCGAAGAGGGAACUCCCGAAACAAUUGUUGCUCCCCGGAAGGGCCGGAUGACCGUCUUCACCAGCGGGAUCGAGAAUCUGCACGGGGCCCUGCCGGUGAGAGAAGGAGCGGAUCCAGAGAAACCCGCUCGUCGYCUUGCACUGGCUAUGUGGUAUGUUACCGRGAGCAGCUCGGAAGAAUCUGUUCCGGUGUAUGGGGCGGUUCCAGCUGGUAGAAACGAGGAAGAAGAGGAUCCCAAUCGCACGGUUCUUUUCGAAAUCCCGGUCGAUUCGAUAAAGAUCGGCAGCCUGCGUCUUGCCCUGGGCUUGUACCUGGUAGGAAAGCAGAACACUCCUGCAAAGGGMUCGUGGAGAGCAAACCAAAACAAUGAAAACACGUUGCACAUGAUUUUCAAGGACCAGACAGCCAUGGUUUCCAUCGCUCUGUACAACGAGGCCAUCGUUGUGAGCCGUCAUACGGACGGAAUCCGGAGGCCUUCGCUCCAGUACCAAUUGCAGGAGUCGGUAAUGCUGCAUGGAAUUCUCACCGAGCUCGAAACACUGGCCUAUGGCAUGRCAGAGGGGCAAUCGAACAACGAGGAAGACCGCCUCGUUCGAAUCGAGCCGGCGGCCAUCGACAAGGCACGGAGCACACUGCCUACCCGGAGGUAGCCUCUCUGUGAGAAACACAACAUCAUCACCUUCCAUCUCACUGGACC